AUGAGUCUGCAGCAAGCCGAGGACGAAAGCCUCCGUGAUUAUCUGACUCGCUUCAGCAACGAGUCAUCCAGAAUUACAAGUCUGGAUCAGGGCCUUGCCGUAUUUGCGCUACGGAAUGGUCUGCAAGUUGGAAAGUUCGUUGACUUCAUUGUCAUGCAUCCCCCGCAAACCUUGGAGGAAGCUUUGGAUGCCUCGGAUAAAUUUAUCCGAGUCGAAGAAUGGAUCAAGACAAAAUCUCAGUCCCAAUCAGGGGCUGGGAAAGCUAAAGGACAACUGUCUAAGGGCCCGACAUCGAGGAAAGGGAAGGACAAGGCCUCAGAACCGUCCUCGGCUGCCGAGCUGAAGAAAGAAAAGAUCGCCCCCUAUACGGGGAGAUACGAUUCUUAA